AUGCCUCCGAAGAAACGCAAGCAAGUGAAUGACUCUCCCUCCGUGACCGAAACUGCCAAGACGACCGAAGAACGAUGGAAGACCGUGCGGGGCCGUCGAGGCGGUCUCAAAGCCAUGCUCAACAUGCCCAUGGACAUCAUCAAGGAGAUAUGUUUGUUGCUCCAUCCACGAGACUUACUGAAUCUCUCUCGAGCGUCGAAAUCAUUCCACGCAUUCUUCAUGGCGAAGAGCUCUGCCUACCUGUGGAAAGGCUGUUUGAGAACGAUUGUUGGCCUGCCGCCAUGCCCAGAGACAUUGAUUGAACCUGCUUGGGUCUCCCUCGUCUUCGUGCCAGUCUGCACUGUAUGCCGCAAACACAAGGCUCCUUCGGUUCACUGGGAGUUUUUGGCGCGAUUUUGCGCACCGUGCAGGAAACAAAUGCUCUUCUCCAAGAAUGAAGGUCAUUCAUAUCUCUGGAAUUGGCGUUUUGGGACUCGCUUUAUUGACAUUCCAGAGGAUAUAUUUAUCACGGCCCAGGUCACUGGAUACGACGAGCCCUGUUACUUGAGAUCUCAGAUAUCGAGUGUCUAUGAUAAAUGGGAGGGGUUCUACAAUUUUCAGCAUCGGGAUGCGGCGGAAGCAUUGGCUGAGGAUCAUCGGCAACAAACGAUACGGUCGAAGGCAUUUGCGGCCUUGUGCAAGGAAUGGGAUGAUAAUGAACAGCGUAAACGCACUGAGGAGCGUGAACGAUUGAUCUUCAAGCGCACAAUAGAUGUCUUCACAAGGUUAGGUGAUCUUGGCUGGCAGGCCGAGCUCGACUUCAUACGAGAAAGGCAGUAUGCGCCGCUUCUGGAUCAUAAGCGUGUCAAGGUUGCCAAGAUGCUCACUGAACAGACCUGGCAGAAUAUGAAGGACGAGAUGAUCGAAUGCAUGGAGCACAUCCGCGAAGAGCGUCUGGAACACGAAUACAUGGGUAUACUGGCGGAGCGCUGGCCGGUUCUGGAGAGCGUAGCGACGGAAUUCUUGGACAGGUACCUCGGCGAACAUCCAGAGAUGCUAGACUACAGGAUGAACAUCGCGGACCUCGCUCUGUCAAAGGAGUUCCGCGACGUCAUGUGUGCACCUGCGGACGAGGUCGUGGACCAAGCAAGCUUUUUGGCGCUGGAGGGCCAAAUGGACGCGAUCGUGGACAGUUGGCGGACGCGCGUCUGCAAAGACUUCCGCAGGGUAUUAGCCAAGCACAAGGCCAAGCGACGUCGAGGCGUUGACCCGCUUGACCUCGCGACAACGCUCUUUGUUGUCGAUAACUCGGAGCCAGGACGGAUAUCGAUGUUCUUUCCGAACAUCGUCGCUCACAGUGAUCUCCGCUCUGCCACGCAGGCGAACGGGACAGACACGUACGAAAAGUUUGUGUACGGGCAAGAGGAUGUACGCUGCUAUUUCGCCCCCGACGCGCUCCGUCCGUGGGCCCUGACAGACAGUAUUCGAGAAGUCAUACGAGCGUGCGGGAAGGAUCCGAGCACUGCGACGGCGGCAGACCUGGAUGCCUCGGAUGUCAGGUUGGUCGGUGAUGAUGAGGCCGUUACAACCUGGCGCGGCGCGAAGUCCAAGCGAACAAAGGCAUCUGCGCCCGCGAGCAGAGUCACUGCCAAAACGGAGGCUCGAUGGAAGAAUGUGCGCGGCCGACGUGGCGGCCUGCAAGAUAUGCUCAACAUGCCGAUGGACGUUAUGAAGGAGAUAUGCUUGUAUCUCCAUCCUCGCGAUCUGCUGAGUCUCUCCAGGACGUCGAAGUCGUUCCAUGCGUUCCUCAUACAGCGAAGCUCUGCCUAUCUAUGGAAGGGCACUAUCAAGAACAUUUUAGACCUACCUCCGUGCCCAGAAGGAUGGAUCGAAUCGGCAUGGAUAUCCCUCAUCUUCUCCCCAUAUUGCACUCUAAGUGGUACGGCUCUCGGCGAACUGCAUCAUUUGUCUGAUGUAGGCAAAGCCGCGACUGUGCACUGGGAGUUUCUGUCUCGGUUCUGCGCACGUUGUAGGCCCCAAAUGGUUGUCGCUGAGAAUAAGGUAAACCAGAUCCUUAGCUCUGAGCAGUGGCAGGAUUUCUACUCAAUACCAAAGGAUAUAUUUCUCAAAGCCAUGACAGUCACGGGUUUUAAGGGCCCAUGCUAUAGCAAAGCUCAAGUGUUCGAAGCUGUCGAGACCUAUGGAAAGCUUUAUGCGGCUAGGAAGUGGGAUUCUGCGAGAAAGCUCGGUGAUCAAGACAGCAAAUGA